CUCCAGACCUACAUCACCGGAUCUGAUGCUGAGCGCUGGCUGCUUUAAGAGUGAAAUCUUUGGACUUGGUCUCUCAUGACAGAUGUGUCCAAACUGAGUGACGUGUGUGCAGUGAUCCAGAGCGAGGGAGAUGACAGCUGAGUGGGUUGACAUGGCCACCCCAGACAAUCUGCUGUUCCUGGACACAGAUGCUGUCAACUCUUCCUUCGCUUCACCGCCCAUAGAGGAAAAUGAGCCCACUCGUGCCACGGACAACCAGACAGAUGACAGCUUUAGUUCAGUCCCUGAUCAACACCCUGAUCCAGACUCAGGAAGCUCAGGAUUAAUGCCAGUUCCGUGCCAGGAUGGGACCAUUGAGAUCCAUAAUACAAACAUUGAAAGGGAAAAUGAGAGUGGUUUAGUCUUAAGACAGCCCCUGGAUCACACUGCAGUGAUAGAAAUGAAUAAAAGUGAUAACUGUGACUUCAGUACUGCUGCUAUAAUGGAGACUGACAGUAUCACAAACAGUACUAACAUCCCUAACCUAAUUCACCUAUUGGACAGAAAUCGAAAUGACAAACAUGGUAACUCAAACACUAAAGCGGAUCCAAAUGAGGCUCAUGGCACUUUAAUGAGUCCAUUAUUAACAGAACACAACAGACAAGAAGAAAUGAGCCAAGACACCAUUUUAAACCAAUAUGCCUCUUUUGAGAGCAUUGGACUUGAUGUUAACCCAAUGGCUAAUGAUGAUGGUCCCUUGGUAAAUACUGUCUCUAAUGUAAUGAAUGGUGCAAGCAAUGAGACUGAUGCAACUUCUUCUGAAACCCUCAUCCAGACUUGCCAGGAUACAUCUGAAGGUGUUGAUGUAGCAGUGGAAGCGGCGACUGCCUAUAAAACUCAUCCAGAAAUUCAUGACAUUGCAGAGAACUUGACAUGUGGACCACUGGCAACUGAGAAAACAGAUAAUUCUGAGUCACUUUUCCACCAAUCCAUGCUUAAAACCUCACAAAUUGGUGAAAAACAUGAGAAGGAUCUCUCACAAGUGAUCCCUUGCCCAACAUCUGUCACGAAUAGAGAUUUAGGUAAAUGUUCUGAGGAGAUUGAUGGUGCUUGCUUAAAGUUCACAAGAAUGGAACAUGAUGUUGAGUUGGAAGGAAAUGCGCUGGUGGAGGUGACCGGAGACGAAGUUUCCCAACUCGGGUUGGUCUUUGAGGAGGAAAGUCAAAGCAGUUUUACUUCUCAAAGGAUCUCAGUGUGCACCAGCGACAAGAAUUUAUUAACUGACUGUGUGAGCGGCGAGGAGUGGCGUCACGGCUCCAAUGUUGCUCUCCACACAUGUCCCUCUCAAUCGAACAGUCACGUGUCUUCUGAGACGGGACGUGCUGAAGGAAAUGAAACUUUUGUGCAUUUUAACACUGAGGAGUGCACUGUGAAGCCAAAAGAGGAGGAAAGAAUUCCACAGUUUAUUAUGCCGUUUGCUCCACUCAAUACUGGAAAUACUUUCCUCCAUAGUAGUUUAUUGAAAAGUCCACAGGAUGAUCUAGAUCUUCCACCUAAAGGGAUUAUUAAUGAGAUACAUAUUAAGAGUGAUCAAAAAUCAGUCAGUAGUGACGAUUUGUCUGAAGAUCGCUUUCAUACAUGCCCUGACCACUCUUUAUCUUCAUCUUCAGAUGAACCUUCCAUCAAGGACACUAAAAGAAAAGCCGAGUACAGCGAUACCUGUGAUAUCAGCAAAGAGCUUUCUAAGUUAAUUUUACUCACAGGACAGCAUUUUAUGGUGUCUGAAGACAAACUUGUUGCAUAUGUCACUCUAGACUUGGAAGAACCCAAUUUAAAUAAUUUCUCAUUGUCAAACUACGAGGAACGACCCAAAACAGACAAUAUGCCUCACAAGACUUCCAAAACAUCCUCAGAUGGUAAAACACGCUCUAAACAUAAGGAGAACCCAGCUGAGAAGCAGCAACAUGGGAUUCAAACAUCAAAAAAGCAAGAUCUUCAGCCCCCAUCCCAGAUGAAAGAGGAAUUCAAUUCAGAAGGAGAUGGUUGUGAAGAUCGGCCAGUUACUGUCAUUGAAACCAUCGUCAUCACAGAGAAGAUCGCUCCUAAAACCCAAGGGAAGAAGAAAAAGAAGCAUGCACAACACGGGACACCAAAACCCGAAAAUGAUCCACCAAGUGACAUAGGGAGCAGAAGCACUCAGAAGAGCAUGAGUGGCAAGACCGAGAACAUUGUCCUGAAGGUAGCAUCAAAUGGUCUGGAUAAACCAGCACCUCAUCUUCCCGCUAAAAUGGACGUUACUAACAAAGAUAGCACUCAGAAAGUGAUUUCAGUGAGACCCAAAGCAGAACCCUACUUUGGCAGCGUAAAUGCCACUCAGAAAGCCACCCCUAUAAAACUCAAAGUAGAUGCUAGUAACACAGCCAAGAUGGAAAAUAAGACGUGCACCUCUGAUUCUCUGAGCAUGUGUUUACCCAGCAUGCUGAAUGACGACAUCAAGCGCAGGCGAAUCGCAAAUGACCUGUCUGGAGCAGUUCCGAUAAGGACGAGGCCACAGCUGCCCGCUAUUUUCCGCCAAGCAAGAAAAGAUGGAGAAGAUACGACCCGGAGAUCUUACAGCGAGGUUGUCAAGCAGAAGACUCCAAUACCCAAAGAAGUGGUUCCUAUAGUCUCAGAGAUCCAGGCUGACCCAGUUCCUGCUGACCCCCAGAACAUCUUGCUUUGGUGCAAGUUCAAUCCUGUCCCACCUGAUGCCACCAUUAAGUGGACUAAAGAGGGAACAGUGCUGUCAGAGAUAAACAAAGUAGAGAAGGAUGACGGCCGCUUCACUUUGACAAUCCUAAAGGCUUGCAGUAAAGAUCUAGGGCUGUACAAAUGCAGCCUGAAUGCUGCCAACAUUUCUGUUUCGACCUCAGAGUACCAUCUCACAUCUGAGGUGCUUAUGGAACUAGUCAUUCCGAGUCAUGAUCAGCCAGCUGAGCCCAGGGUUGUGGACGGUGAUGAGGAGAACAUCCAGUGCAGCCCGCUUCUCUUUAAGGAAGAUUUCCUCUCAGAUCAGUACUUUGGAGAGAAUCAACCAGCGAGCAUCGUGACUGAAAAGGUCCACUUUGGUGAAGGCAUGCAUCGCAAGGCUUUCAGGACCACUCUUAGAGAAGGCAAUCUGCCGAGCUUCAACCCCGGCCAUCCCUGCGUCCUGAAAGUACACAACGCCAUCAGCUAUGGGACCAAAAAUAAUGAGGAACUUGUCCAGAAGAACUACAGCCUGGCUGUGGAGGAAUGUCACGUGCAGAAUACCGCCAGGGAAUAUAUUAAAGCGUACAAUAGUGUGGCCAAGUCUGCAGAAUCAUUUGGAGAGGUGCCAGAAAUCAUCCCUAUUUAUUUGGUGCACCGGACGUCUAACGACAUCCCUUACGCCACGCUGGAGAAGGAGCUGCUGGGAGAUUUUGUGAAGUACUCUGUGAAGGACGGGAAGGAGAUCAACCUGAUGCGCAGAGACUCUGAGGCGGGACAGAAAUGCUGCGCCUUCCAGCACUGGGUCUAUACACAGACCGACGGCAACCUGCUGGUCACCGAUAUGCAGGGUGUGGGUAUGAAACUGACAGAUGUUGGGAUUGCCACCUGUAAAAAAGGCUAUAAGGGGUUCAGAGGAAACUGUGCCACGUCCUUCAUUGAUCAGUUCAAGGCUCUUCAUCAGUGUAACAGAUACUGUGAGCUUCUGGGCCUGACGUCUCUUCAGCCCAAGCCAAAACGGACCGUCGGCCCGCCAAAGCCAAAAACACAACCCGCUCGGCCCCGUUCUGAACGGCAAAUCCUGAUCGCACAGAAACUCUGAAUGUCUGCUUGUAGGAUAACUAGUGUUGGCCGUUUUCUUGCUCAGGGACAAACGUGUUUCUGAGAUGUUUCUUUAAAUGUAAGAUGACAUUCAUCUGUAAGGACAGUAGGGAGGUUACUUCUUUCUUGAAAGCUCUUUUGUGCUAUUUUAAAUGAGCUUAUUAUUGGUUUUUAUUGAAUUUCUUAUAUUUUUUUUAAGGGGUGAGUCGACUGACAAUUGAUAUAACACUUUUUCGAUGUAAUAUUUUUUGUUUAAACCAAAGAAAUAUCAGCUUGUGAUAGUGUUUUAUCCCGAUUUGCUUGGUUGAAAAGUCGUGCCUGUGGUGCUGCAAUCUGAUUCUUUAUUAUUAGCCUACUGGCACUUCUGAAUAACAACAACUUCAUGUUAUUAUGAUUGUUUGUUAUAAUAUGUGCAAUAAGUACUUAGUUUAUCAAACUGCUAAAUCUUAAAUAGAUAUUUACUUUAUGAGUGAGAUUAAUGUACUGUACAGCCGUAAAAGAUUGUUAGACUUGAAUGUAACUGCUGGAAUUGAAUGUUUGAAGCUUCUCAUAUUCAAUGUUAAAAUACUUUAUUUUCACACGAAUUUAGUAUUUAAUUUUUCUUGAAUUUUUGAAGUUGAUCUACGCUGUUUCUUGGAAGGAAGGAUGAGGUGGUAAAUCUGAUGCUAUGGAAAGGUUUGUACACUUGCCCAGUAAACAGCUGUUGAUUUGCCUCAGUAAGAAUGACAAUCCUCCACCUUCACGUUCCCAUCAUCCUUCCAAAGUCAAAUGACUUAUUGCUUCAUUGCUAUAUAUAAGCACACACGUUUGAAGCCAAGUAUUCGUCUUGUUAGUGUUAAUGAACUGCACAAAUCAAUCACUUGAAAUUAAAAACUGUGAUGUUACCGUUGCUACUUUCUGCAAAUCUAGAUAGUCUUAUCUAUUAGUAGUCUUAGUGAAUGUGGAUUGAAGGUCAAAGAUUAUCAGAUUCUUGGCUUGACCGAACCACAUUCGUCUUGUAUUGGCUUUGAAUGAUCCCCUCUGAAUGGUGUAUUGUGUAUUAAUAAGUUUUUUUUUUUCUUUAUUAAGUCUGGGUUUAU